AUGUACUAUGGUACAUACCAGACCCGUAGUGGCCCAUGCUCGGCCAUAUACCCCUCACCUAGUCAGAAACCCAGAAAGCAAGUAACCCUUAAAGAUAAACUGAGUAUACCUAAACCAUCCUCGAACAGAUGGAAUUACCGAAAAUGGCCAACGCACACUCUAGUACGGGUAAACCCCAAAUUAAAACGCUCAUAUCAAGAACCCUACGGGGAUAAUGAGACCGACACGGACACACUACUAGCUGUGCAACCACUUAAGUUCUCCCUUUCCACCAGACG